GCCGGGAACGAUUGCAGGGUUCAACAGGUUAGGUUGGUUAAUAGAUGGAAGCUCAGUUCUUUCGGUUUCUAAAGAUCGUGGGAGUGGGGUACAAAGCAAGAGCCGAAGCUCAGGGGAAGAUGUUGUAUCUGAAAUUAGGGUACAGUCAUGAGGUUGAACUCACAGUUCCUCCUGCAGUUCGUGUCUUCUGCUUCAAGAACAAUGUGGUUUGCUGCACCGGAAUUGAUAAGAAUAGGGUGCAUCAGUUUGCUUCUGCCGUCCGCGGUUGUAAGUCGCCUGAAGUUUACAAAGGCAAGGGCAUUAUGUACAUUGAUGAAGUUUUCAAGAAGAAACAAGGAAAGAAGUCCAAGUAGCACACUCAAUCCCAACUAUCUUUGCUUCUCAGUUUAAUUACCCUCAAAUGCUUCUUCACAUUUGGUUGGAUUUUCUUUCUUGCUACUAAAUAAGCAUCACUCUCUUCCUCCCCUAUGCUUCAGCUGUGUUUCAUUUUGAUCAACUGUUGUUCGAGGGGGUUUAGCUCCUAGUUUGUAUGAUCAUGCCUGUAAUUGAAGAAACAAGCAUUGAGAAAUGUGUUGCCCGUCUUAAGUCUUGAACCUUACCAUGUUGCCGUUGAAUAGGCCAAAGUCAGUAAUAAAGAGAUUGUUCUGUAUUAUAUUCCUUUGCCAUCUAUGAAAGGAUUCCAUUACAUG